AUGGAUGUCCCGGAGCCCAAUGAGUCGCCUUUCACGGCCGUCUCGGCCCACACCUCCAAACUGACCAGACACUAUCAAGCCUGGCUCGAUGCCUCGACUCCCUACACCACAUACCGCUGGGUUGGCUCCGGUGUUCUUCUGUUCAUCUUCUUCCUGCGCAUCGUCUUCGCGCAAGGAUGGUACAUCGUGGCCUACACCCUCGGAAUCUACCUCCUCAACCUCUUCCUCGCCUUCCUCACCCCCAAAUUCGACCCCUCCCUGACCCAGGAUGAAGGCCUGGAAGACGGCGACGCCGGCUCCCCCAGCCUACCCACCAAGCGGGACGAAGAGUUCCGUCCUUUCAUCCGACGUCUGCCGGAGUUCAAGUUCUGGCACUCCGCCACCCGCGCCAUCGCCAUCGGCUUCGUGUGCAGUUGGUUCUCCAUGUUCGAUAUCCCCGUCUUCUGGCCCGUCCUGGUGAUGUACUGGAUCAUCCUGUUCGUGUUGACUAUGCGCCGCCAGAUCCAGCACAUGAUCAAGUAUCGCUAUGUGCCUUUCUCCUUCGGCAAGACCCGCUACGGCCGCUCAUGA